AACGUCUCUUUCCAUCUCUCAUCUCUUGGCUAUAUAUACCCCUGUCAAGUCUCUCACUAAUAAGCCAUCCAAGAACCAAGGGGCACACCACACCACAGACUCAGGCCUCAGCUCAUCUCUCUUCAAGAACUCGAGGUCUAAUCGUCCCAGCUGCGGGCGGCGCCACGCCAGGGGAGGAAGGGCCAGCAGCCAGACACACACAGAUGGCGAGCUGCAUGCAGGAGUGGCCGGAGCCCGUCGUCCGCGUGCAGGCGCUCGCCGAGAGCGGCCUGUCCGUCAUCCCGCGCUGCUACGUCAAGCCGCCGUGCGACCGCCCCGUCGUCGUGGCCCCGGCGGCGCCAACGGCAGUCAAGGAGACGAAUUCGAAUAAGGCGGCCGAGGCCUCGGACAUCAGCAUUCCGGUCGUCGACCUCGGCGAGCUGCUGCUGCAGGCGAAGGACGCCGGCGCCGGCGGCCUUGUCGGGAACGUCGUCACCGAGGCCGUCGCGUCCGCGUGCCGCGAGUGGGGAUUCUUUCAGGUGGUCAACCACGGGGUGCGCCCCGAGCUGAUGCGCGCGGCGCGGGAGUCCUGGCGCGGCUUCUUCCGCCGCCCGCUCGCGGAGAAGCAGCGCUACGCCAACUCGCCGCGCACGUACGAGGGCUACGGCAGCCGCCUCGGCGUCCAGAAGGGCGCCGUCCUCGACUGGGGCGACUACUUCUUCCUCCACCUCGCGCCGGAGGCGGCUAAGAGCGCGGCAAACUUCUGGCCGGCCAACCCCAGCAACUGCAAGGAGGUGUCGGAGGAGUACGGGCGCGAGGUGGUGCGGGUGUGCGAGCUGCUGAUGCGGGUGCUGUCCGUGAGCCUAGGGCUGGACGAGGCGCACUUCCAGCGGGCGUUCGGCGGGGCGGACUGCGGCGCGACGCUGCGCGCCAACUACUACCCGCGGUGCCCGCAGCCGGACCUGACGCUGGGCCUCUCCGCGCACUCGGACCCGGGCGCCCUCACCGUCCUCCUCGCCGACGAGAACGUCCGCGGCCUGCAGGUCCGCCGCGGCGACGACGGCGAGUGGGUCACCGUGCAGCCCGUCCGCGACGCCUUCAUCGUCAACGUCGGCGACCAAGUCCAGAUACUGAGCAACUCCGUGUACAAGAGCGUGGAGCACCGGGUGGUCGUGAACGCCGAGGAGGAGCGCAUAUCCCUCGCGCUCUUCUACAACCCCAAGGGCGACGUCCCCAUCUCCCCGGCGCCAGGGCUGGUCACCGCCGGGAACCUGCCGGCGCUCUACCCGCCGAUGACCUUCGACGAGUACAGGCUCUACAUCAGGAAUAAGGGCGCCAGGGGCAAGGCGCAGAUCGAGGCUCUCAAGGGCCAGGCAUCGCCAGAAAAAUAAUUAGAAUAGCCACCACCUGUCUACUACGUACAGUACAGUACUAGCUGAUUAAUAAACAACUGCAUGUGUAUCCUAAUGCAUGGCAAUUGUUAAUCGAUCUGGAAGUUAGUUUGGCUACUAUCUGAUUGUAAUAACACAUGUGUACAACCAACUUAUUACUACUACCUUUGGUACUACUUACUAUUUAUAAUCGAUCGUAUGUAUAUAUGUGUGUGUGGUGCAUGCAGUUGCUUAGCAGUCCAUUGCUGCUCACAGCUGCGCACGUAGGCUGAAGCAUUUUUAAAUUUAA